UUGCCUCAGCCGCACUCACGGGUACUACGAUACUAUUGGAGACCCCAAAGCAUACCUUAAUCGACUUGGAGAGAGAGCGCGAUGAGAGAUUGAUCGCUGAUUCUCUGACUAGGAUUCCCAACAUAACUUUUACAAUACGUCGUGAUAAUGGCGGAUACCGAUCAUGGCUGCCCUAUACAAGGCAAGCCAGACCUAUAUGGACUGGGACUGCGCCUCGGUCUUUACUUGCAAUUCAUCGCCAUCGUGCUCGCAAGACCGUCGGUGAAACCGGCUUUCAAAGCCAUCACGAGCUCUACCAUUGCUUUCGUCCUCGCCAAUUUCAUCGUACUUGUCAGGGAGAGCGCGUCGAGAACCCUAUUUGCUCCGGAGGCCUAUCUCCUUUUCUUCCUCCUUGUUCCCCAGCUCGUGUUGAACGUCAUAAACACCGACGUACCAAGCGGCUUCGUGCACAUCCGCGGUACCAUCGCCCUUUUGCUAUGGGGGGCGUUUUGUUUCUACUUCACCUGGUUCUGGUGGGUGGGGUUAGACGUCUUACCGAUGUCCGGCUGCGAAGAAGAGUUCGGGUUCUUUUUCACCAAAAUCAGCCUUCGAGGCUGGUUUAGGACUUUGAACAAGGUCCUUUGGACGGUAUCUGAUAUUGGGUUUGGUAUGGCCAUUUUGUCAACUGCAUUUCAAGUCGUGUCUGUAAGCUUGCGUGAGUGGCGAAUCAGUCCAAAUGCUACUGAUCCUCGGCAAAAGCAAGCUGCAGCUCGGGAACAAGCUCGGGCUGAAGAUAUACUCAUAUUUGCUCAUUUAGUGUCCCGAUAUUUUAGAAAGAUGGUCCGGGAAGAGGGAGACGGUGGAGGCCCAGCUCCGGUGUUGGUUUCCGGUGCUGACGCUCGCUUCCCACGUCAAGCGCUCCCAAGGUAUGCUGGCGAAGAAGGCAUUGCUUACAACAUAUUUCAACACAUUUUCCUGCAGGGUUGGAGCUUUUUACCGUUUGUCAUCUUCGUCACCGGCGCCGAAGUAACACUUCGGUAUAAUGGCAUUGAAGGAGUCAACGCCGUAAACUCGGCCAGUCAGCUCAUACCUCUAGUCCUAGCCCUUGGGCUUUUAGUGCAUGUUAUCGGAACGACAUUAAUAAGACUGGGCCGUGGGUUUCGACAUGCUUUUGACGAGGAUGCAGCAGCUCCUGCAGGUGGGUUAAAUGAUGGCUCCAACGAUGAUCGUACUUCGACACGAAGCGACUUUAGACGUGAGCUGCAGGAAGAGCGGGGGUGGGUUGGCGUUAUUGGCCGCUUUCUCUUCCGACUUUACUGUGCAUUUGCAACAGGGUACGAUCAGGAAGACGAAAAGCCGAUACACCCAAAUUCAGUUAGUAUUUGUCCAAGGAAGAGUCAUCCUCCAGGAGACGUCGAGUUGGAAAGUGGUCCGCGACCUUAAAAAUCAGACGGGGAUUUUUGGCCCCCAAUAUCUCAGAUGUGUAAAAACGAUCAAGUGGAGUAACUAUAUUAGACCCGGACGUAUGGGUAUGGGUAGCAGGACUCACUCAUCAGUGCUGCGUAUCCUACCAUUUAAUAUACUGUCAUACGCAAAUCCGCUUUUUCGAAUCUGAUUCUGCAAAGGCCAUAGGCACCAACAGCGCCAUUACCCACUGGAUGCCUAAUCUAAAAUGAUGCCUUCAAGUGGAAGAAAGAUACGACUAUAGGACACAAGCAAGCACAAAUGUUGUCAAAUUGUUACGUAGCAUACCUAUAACUAGCUGAUUCAUUCUAGUCAAGUUACACAUAUUAUAU